UGGGUUUGUUUUCAUUCCCUGAAAAUGGCGUCCAUCAUGGAAGGGCCGCUCAGUAAGUGGACCAACGUCAUGAAAGGAUGGCAGUACCGCUGGUUUGUGUUGGACUACAACGCCGGUUUACUCUCUUACUACACGUCAAAGGAUAAAAUGAUGCGAGGCUCCCGAAGAGGAUGUGUUAGACUGCGGGGAGCUGUGAUUGGUAUAGACGAUGAGGAUGACAGCACCUUCACAGUCACAGUGGAUCAGAAGACAUUCCAUUUUCAAGCUCGUGAUGCCGAUGAAAGGGAGCAGUGGAUUCAUGCGUUAGAAGAAACCAUUCUUCGUCAUACUCUGCAGCUGAGGGGCGUCGAAGCAGGAUUUGUUCCAAGUGUUCAAGAUUUUGACAAAAAACUUGCUGAAGCAGAUGCCUAUUUACAGAUCUUAAUUGAUCAACUGAAGUUAUUUGAUGAAAAAAUCAAAACUUGCAGCGAUGAUGAACAGAGAAAGAAAGUUGAAAACCUCAAAGAAGUAACAAAUAGCAUGGUUGAAUCAAUAAAGCACUGUAUAGUGUUACUGCAGAUUGCCAAGGACCAAAGUAAUGAGGAGAAGCACGCAAAUGGACUUAUAAGUACUAUCAACCCGGUCGAUGGGGUUUUUCAGUCUAAUCCUCUGGAGCCAACAGUAAUUAGCACUAUGCCUACCCAAACUGUUUUACCACCAGAGCCUGCUCAGUUAUGCAAAGCAGAGCAGCGUCCAUCAACAUUGGCUGUGGGAUCUGCUGUUACUGCGAUGGGUAACCAUCAGACACCAACCCCCAACAGUACAGGAAGUGGACAGUCAGCACCAAGCAGCAGCCUCACUUCACCCAGCCAUGUAAAUCUGUCUCCUAAUACAGUCCCAGAUUUUUCGUAUUCCAGCAGUGAGGAUGAAUUCUAUGAUGCUGAUGAGUUCUACCAGAGUAAUUCUUCUCCAAAGCAUUGCAUAGACUCAAUAUCUCCGGUAGUGAUCUCACACAGCAACACAGGUGGCAGUCUGAAGAGACCAGACACCACUGAAUCUUUGAAUUCAUCCAUGUCUAAUGGAACAAAUGAUACAGAGCUGUUUGACACACAUGAUGAAAGGGAUGAUGAAGGUGAGGGGGAAUCUGUGGAAGAGCAUAAGAGUGUCAUUAUGCAUCUUCUGUCUCAGGUCCGACUGGGCAUGGACCUGACCAAGGUGGUUCUUCCCACAUUCAUUUUGGAAAGGCGAUCAUUGUUGGAAAUGUAUGCUGAUUUUUUUGCACACCCUGAUUUGUUUGUGAGUAUUGUAGACCAAAGUGACCCAAGAGACCGAAUGGUACAGGUUGUCAAAUGGUACCUGUCAGCCUUUCAUGCUGGUCGCAAGGGAUCUGUAGCCAAGAAACCAUACAAUCCCAUUUUAGGAGAGGUAUUCAAAUGUCAUUGGAAUCUCCCUGAGAAUGAAGUAGAAGAUAAUACAGAAUCUGUUGCUGAAGGUCCAGUUCCAGAGGCUAGCCAGAACAGUGUGACAUUUGUAGCAGAACAGGUGUCACAUCACCCACCAAUUUCAGCAUUUUAUGCAGAAUGUUUCUCAAAAAGGAUACAAUUCAAUGCUCACAUCUGGACUAAAUCAAAGUUUCUUGGAAUGUCCAUAGGAGUACAUAAUAUAGGACAAGGGUGUGUCUCUCUACUUGAUUAUGAUGAGCAUUAUAUUCUCACUUUUCCAAAUGGCUACGGAAGGUCUAUUUUAACCGUUCCAUGGGUGGAAUUAGGAGGUGAAUGCAGCAUAACGUGUACAAAAACAGGAUACAAUGCCAAUAUUACAUUUCAUACCAAGCCUUUCUAUGGAGGCAAGAAACACAGAAUAACAGCUGAAAUAUUUUCCCCAAAUGACAAGAAAUGUUUUGCCUCAGUUGAAGGAGAGUGGAAUGGAGUGAUGUAUGUUAAAUGGAGUACAGGGGAGAACAACAUAUUUAUUGAUACAAAGAAAUUGCCUAUUAUCAAGAAAAAAGUAAGGAAGUUGGAAGAUCAGGAUGACUUUGAAUCCAGAAGACUUUGGAAGGAUGUAACGCAUAAUUUGAAAAUAAAGGAUAUUGAUGCUGCCACAGAUGCAAAACAUAGACUUGAGGAAAGACAAAGAGCUGAAGCAAGGGAAAGAAAAGAGAAUGAAGUUCAAUGGGAGACACGGGUGUUUCAUGAAGAUGGAGAAUGCUGGAUAUAUGAUGACCCAUUGUUAAAGAGGUUAGGAGGCAAUAGAUACUAGGAUAUUCAACAAUAUCUGAACAGAGCACCAUUUAAAGCCUUCGAAUGAAAAACAAAACUCCCUUUCACCUGACAGAAAAUUUUGUAUCAAGAUUCUUAAAAUUUAAUAAAACUAUCUAGCUUUGUGGUUACACAACUGCAUUCAAUGAAGAAAUGCAUUUUUCAGGUUUCAUCUGGUAAUAUUUUAAGUGGUUCCUUUCUCAGGGAAAUUGGACUUUAAAAAAAGUGUGGUGGAACAGUUAGCUCUUGUAAGAUAUUGUGAAAAAGUUUUAGUGCUAUAGAAUGGCUGUUGAGAAUGUUUGCUCCUGCUCCACAUCAAAAAUUUGUAAUUCUAGUUGCAGAUCUCCAAGUUAGAUUUACAAGUUCAUCUGCCAAAAUUUGUGUAUGCAUUGAAAAACAAUCAAGAAAUCGGAGGAAGAAAAAUCUUGGAUAUCUGCACAACUAAGUGCACUCUCUAUAUUGCCAUUUUAGAUGUUUAAAAAAAAUGGUAACACUUCCAUACGUUGUGUUAAGUCAAGUCCUACACCCACCAAUGUAGGGCUUUACUAGAAUGUUUCAUUACUGCUUGAAUAUCUUUUCAUAGAUACAUGUACAUAUAUAUGUAUAGAGAGAGAGAGAUAAUUUCAUUAAUAUGGACAGUGUUUAUUAGUGUACCGAUGCAUAAAUGUUUAUAUAUAGAUGUAAAAUGAAAAUGAAGCCAAUGAUUUUGCAUUAUAAUUUAACACUGAAGGCCUUAUUAAUUUCAGAGUGUUACCUUUGAUUGAAGUCUGUAUAGAAUUUUAUCCAAGAAUGAUACCUAACUGGAAUGUGUACGGUGAUUGCA